UUAUUUCCAAUUUUUUUGUCAGGUUUUGUAGUAUUAAAGUGUUUUUGAAUAGUCAUGUUAAAAUGAAGUCAUGUCUAGUACACCGGUAACUUUAGGCGAGAAGACAGGAAAAAAGUUGGUACUUAAAGCCAGUUUGCUCCAGCCUUAUCUCGUAACAAUACCAACUGCUGAAAGGAAGACAUCAUCUACCGUUCUUAAACUCUUAACACGAUUUUUUGAAUCUCACCCAGAAGUCAAGAAAGUACAAAGUGCUGGUCGUAAAAAGCGAAAAAUAAGUGGUGAAAUUAAACAACCAAACGAGUUUCGGAAAAACUUUGUAUUUGGAAUAAACGAAGUGACAAAGGCGCUGGAAAAAGAUAAACUUUCUUUUUUCAUUACUUGCAAAUCUGCCAAGCCUGCAGCUCUAACUCAGCACCUAGCUCUGCUUUCUGCUUCCCGAGGAACACCAACAGCAGGUCUUGCAAACUUGAGUGCCACUCUUGCUCCACUGCUGGAACUAAAAUCAGUUUUAGCAUUGGGUUUUCUGAAGACAGAAGACCCAUCGGACGUGGCUAAAACUGCUACUGAUAUAAAACAACACUUAUCCACUAUCACAUUGCCGUGGAACACACUGCUGCCUGAAAAGUGUCCUGUUAAGCAGAGUACAGUUUCCGAGGAAAACCCCCACUUUUUACAGACGAAAGUCUGCAUCAACAAAAGCUCAGGAAGGGCAAAGCGUCAACGAAACUAAGAUAUUAAUGGUGAACAUAAACAUGAGCGACACCAGACGCAGAGUAAAGGUGUAUACCCUGAAUGAGGAGAGACAGUGGGAUGAUCAGGGUACGGGCCAUGUAUCUUCAGCUUAUGUUGAAAGAUUAACUGGCAUGACACUAAUAGUAAGAGCUGAACAGGAUGGUUCACUUUUACUCGAAUCUCGCAUCCUACCAGACACUGCUUACCAGAAGCAGCAGGAGACAUUGAUAGUUUGGUCGGAAGGUGAAAACACAGAUCUUGCUCUAAGUUUCCAGGAGAAAGCAGGCUGUGAUGAAAUUUGGGAAAAAAUCUGCCAGGUCCAGGGAAAAGAUCCUUCUGUUGACAUCACGCAAGACAUCCCAGAAGAUGGGGAAGAUGAGGAAGAGUUUGGUGGUGGAAGACUGGAUGAUAGUGGAGAGUCGCUGCAACGUCAAUCUACAUCACCUUAUGUUCUCCCUGCUUGUGAGCUCGGAGAGUUGGAAGAGAUCGCGGAAGUUUUUACGACUUCCCUGCCUUCGCUUGUUCGUCGAGACCAACUGGCUCGCUCGAUCGAAGAGUCGGACUACAUCCGGAAGCUUCUAGACCUCUUUCGGACAUGUGAGGACCUCGAUCACACGGAUGGACUCCACAAACUUUACGAGAUCAUGAAAACCAUUUUCCUUCUCAACCGGAGCAGUCUCUUCGAUGUGAUGCUGCAGGAUUCGAACAUAGUUCCAGUGGUUGGUUGCCUCGAGUACGACCCUGCUCUAUCCGAACCACGUAGGCACCGAGACUACCUUCUCAAAGAAGUGAAUUUUAAGGAAGUGCUACCAAUUAAAAAUCCAGAAUUACUCAAGAAAAUUCAUCAGACAUUCCGACUGCAGUACAUCCAGGAUGUUGUUCUUCCUACUCCAUCAGUGUUUGAGGAGAAUAUGCUUUCCACACUGAGCUCUGUAAUCUUUUUCAAUAAGGUUGAAAUCGUGAGUCUGGUACAAGAAGAUGAAACGUUGCUUACCUCGUUGUUUAAACAACUCGGAGAUGAAACAGUGGAAGAUGAGAGGAGGAGAGAACUUGCCGGGUUCGUUAAAGAGUUAUGCUCCCUUUCCCAGACGCUGCAACCAACCUCUAGAGAUGAUUUUUUCAAACAACUUGGAGAGUUAGGAGUCCUCACAGCAAUUGAAUCUCUGCUUGCAAGUGAUGAUGAACCUUCACAUAGACUUGCAAUUGAUAUCUUUGCUCAUGUGGUCGAGCACAGUCCGUCGAUGGUGCGCGACUUUGCACACAAGGAGAUGACUGAAGCAAGGAGCGAAGGGAACGAUGACGAUCUCUUUCUUCUAAACCUUGUCAUCGAUCAAAUGAUCUGUGACCCCGAUCCUGAGCUCAGCUGUGCCAUGCAGUUAACAGGCUUACUGCGGGUUUUACUCGACCCUGAAAACAUGAUGGCAAAUAAGAACGAAAAGACGGAAUUUCUUGGAUUUUUCUACCGUAAUUGCAUGCACGUGCUGAUGGCGCCUCUCCUGGCCAACACUGCCGAUGAAACAAAGCUAGGAAAGGAUGAUUAUCAAACUGCUCACCUACUUAGCCUUAUUCUUGAGUUGGUUACCUUCUCAGUGGAACACCACACCUAUCAUGUUAAGAACUAUAUACUCAGCAAGGAUUUGCUGCGAAGAGUACUCGUUCUGCUGAACUCACGACACAAAUUUCUGUCUCUAGCUGCGCUACGCUUUACAAGGAAAAUAGUCAGCACGUUAGAUGAAUUUUAUAACCGAUACAUUGUAAAAGGCGACCUCUUUAAACCCGUAGUGGAUUCCUUGUUUAGAUCAGGCAGCAGAUACAACCUCAUUAACUCAACAAUACUAGAAAUGUUUGAAUAUAUCCGAGUGGAGGAUAUUAAGUCAUUGAUUUCAUAUGUGGUGGAGAACCAUCAUGAGCGGUUGAAAGAAAUCGAAUACGUGAAGACCUUCGUAGGUUUGAAGCUUCGGUUUGAUCAGCAGAAGGGAAGAGAGCUGAAGCAAAAUCCUGACCCCAUAUCGGAUGCUGUUGCAAUACCUAAUCAUCGCUACAGGAGAGAUGCGAGGGCGAUGGAAGAAGAAGAAGAGCUGUGGUUUGAAAAAGAUGAUGAGGACGGAGAAGAUCAUAACUCGAGCUUCUCUUCAGGUGAUGCGUUUGACACUGAUGCCCCGAAAAUCAACAUUGAUAGUAUUUUAGAAGGUGAUAAGCCUCAAGAUAAAACUGUAAAAAAAAGUAACGAACUUAACAAACUAAACACUAUGUUGCAACUUGAGACAAAAGGAGAAGAGAAUUUUUCCAACGGUUCAAUUGCCCCAAAAGCGGAGGUGAAGAGCACAGAUGAAGCUCCUGUGACAGUGAAGAAUGGUCUCGUUGGUUUGGUCGAUUACUCUGAUGAUGAUUCCGAUGACGAAGAAGAAAGUCAAGAAAAGGCAACUGCUGUAAAAUGUGAGCCAGAUUUAAAUGCAUCUCUCACAAAAACUAAUAGUGUUGAAGGCAAACAGAAGGAGAUUUUAGAGUCGGAACCUGUACGGAAAAAGCCACGUCUAAUCGAACAAGUAGCUAAUAACUAACACCAUCUUCUAUGAAGGCUAGGGUUACCAUCAUUUGUGCUUACAGCGCCAAAGGCAGGAUGUAUGGCUCCAAUUCACACAAGUCACCUCAGAUUUUGUAGCGACCAACAAUUUUUUUCUUUCUUUUUUACAAAACCGCCUAUUUUUCCACAACUCUUUGGUGUUGCAUCUCCUGAGCAGUAGUGAGUUACAGAGCAGACACCCCACAUGCACAAUUCUGAUGCACUGUGUUUAGCAAUUUUCCGAAAUCAUGAAUGUAGUUGGUAACUGAAACUUCUGUUUACUCACUCCAUGAUAAGAAGUGCUAAUUCAAAUUUAUUUUACCAAAAUUCAACCAAUUUGGGAAUCAAUUUGCAGCAUAGGUAUUUCUUUUGUAAAUGUACAGUAUUUUUAAAAUUCAAAUAAGGUUGACAUUUAUUAUGUCAGUUCCAUCAAAUAGCAAAGGGUUACUUUGGUGGUUAACCCAACUCGUAAACAAGUAUCUUUUUCGGUGCCUUGACAAGUUCAAUCAGUGUAAUAUAUAACAGCUUCUGUGGAAAGUGUACAGUGCUCCUUACACCCCAAAUUUCAGGAUUUUUCGAAGUGAAAUCUUUUCCUGCUAACUUUGGUUUUACCCACAAAAAUAUAUGUUGUUUCGAAACUGCGUUGGCAGCCUGUGUGGACACUGCUCUGUCGCUGCUGUUUUUAAUUUUUUAUUCUCCCUUUUUUCCAAUCGCAGAGAUUUAGACACAGCGCAAGUUGUAAUUUUAAUAAAUCCUGUACAAAAAUUCUAUGACCCACAAAAAUCAGGAUGAUCAGACAA